AUGUGCUGCGGAGGCCCGACUUACAGGCAUUUUCAACUGUCACCUGGUGAGAGGCUACAGCACUGGACUGCAGUGGAAAACAGAAGAGUUAAUUUUAUUAACCAGAUGGAGAAAAAGGCCAAGGGCAGUUUAAAGUGUACAAAGAUACAGAAAUUACAUACUACUAAAGAAGGUGCAGUUAGACAAUUUGUUUCUUCUCGUCAUAUUGGAACUUGGUGUCAAGGUGGCAGUCAUCGGAUCCCUUAUCGUGUUGCAUACACUUGGAACCGAGGUGGAAGGUUAAAAGAAAUCCGUAUUAGACACUUGGCCAGAAAAUUCCUUUACAUAUGGAUAAGGAAGGCCUUUGGAAGAGUCUUCCCAUCAAGUGCCAGGUGCUAUUAUGAUCGGAGGAUACUGCAGAAAACCUUUGGCGAAUGGAAGGAAGAAUGGUGGAUUAUUUGCAAAGAAUGGAAGCUUACCAUCAGGGCUGACUGUCAUUAUAGGUAUUUCCUGUACAACCUGGUCUAUAAGUCCUGGAAGUCUUACGUAUUCCAACAGAGAGAGAAGAAGAAGAAAUACUGUGUUGCAGAGACUCAUGCAGCAAAGAAGAAAACACUUCGAGCAUGGUGUCAUUGGUUGAGCUAUGUGGAAAUGCGCCGCAUGAAGCAUAGGAUGCAUUUGGAAGCAUUCAGAUUCAAGGAAGUGAGCACCCUGUGGAUGUCAUGGAAAUUGUGGAGGAGGAGGUGGUGCCAAAUCCAAGUUAGCUGUGAAAUGGAUGCUCAGGCUCUACAGCAAUGGGCCCUGGGCUUGCAGUUUCAGGCCUGGCUGCAGUGGAAGGAGGUCUAUUCAUAUAUACAGAAUCUGAAAGAAAAGGAAGUCAGGGCACUGUCGCAUUACCGGCAUAAGAAGAUACGUAGUUCUUUGAAAUCCUGGCGUGUCUAUAUUCAUCUCCGAAGAGAGAAGAAGCAUCAGCACAAGCUGGCUUUGCAACACCAUCACAGCUGCGUGCUCCUUCAGUUUUUCCUGUCAUGGCAUCUGGCUUGGGAACAGAAACAGCAAUUGUACCUACACCAGGAACGUAUUGCUCAGCUUGCAUCCAGGAUUGCCUUGCGAAGAGCCUUCUUGCAAUGGAAAUUCUAUGUGUCACUGUGUACUGAAGCAGCUAAACUUCAGGAGCUAGCUGAACACCACUACAGAUGCCUCCUGCUGCGUCGUGGGUUUAACACCUUACAAAAGAAUGUGGCGGAGGCGAGGCUCAAGCAAAUGAGAAGAAAUUUGGCUUUUCGGCAGCAUCAGGUUGUGCUAUUGCAGAGGUUCUGGAAUUGUUGGAAGUCUUCCUUGGAACGCAAGGAGGAAGCACAAUGCCAUCUUCUGACGCUGGCGGCUCAUUCUCACUACAGCCUGGUGUUGCUGCAGAAGUGUUUCCUUACCUGGUUACAUCAUGCAAGCUGGAAAAGGUACAGAAAGUUGCAGUAUACAAAAGCUGAUGCUUACUAUAGGCGAAGGAUCUUGCCUGCCACGUUCCAAGCCUGGAAGCGAUUCAGGGCUCAUCAGUACUGGUGGAGAGAGAUGAAAGGGAUGGCUGUGUGCUUUCACAGGGAAACAUGGACAAGACGUUUAUUUGACAGGUGGUGGCUGAGCACACAUCAGCAGCAAGAGAACCAGGUGGCAGAAAAAAUGGCUGUCAUACACUGUGAGCGACAGCUGCUGGCCCACUUCUGGUGUUUAUGGCAUGGGAGAACAGCGGUGCAUCUAGAAGAGCAAGAGGAAGAGACCCUGGCCCAAGAACAUUACUGCCACCAAAUCUUGCAGGCAACUUUUCAUCUCUGGAAGAACAACGUUCAGGAGAUUAAAGAAGGGAGAAUGAAAGAGGAAAAAGCUUCCAGGUUCCACUCUGUAAAGCUCCUGCAGGGAUCAUGGAGCAGAUGGCAACAGUAUUUGAGACACCGGUCUGAGAAGUGGAGAAAGCUUGUGAAAGCAGAUGUGCAUUACCAGCAGGUUUUACUCCACAGGAUCCUUUCAGCCUGGAAGACAUACCAGAUUAAUGUACAACACAUUCUGUACGAAGUAGACCAAAAGGAGAAGAAGUGUAAUCAGGAGCUGCUAUGGCAGGUGCUGCAUGCCUGGAGGAGGAAAGCUGCAUAUCUCACUGGUGAAGCCAAAAAAGCUGUACUGGCAGAACAGCAUUACAAAAGAAGAGUUCUCUCCAAGGUGGUGCUCUGGUGGAGGGACACAACCUCACUGCGCUCAUACUGCCGUCAGCAGAAAGCAGCAGCCGUGAUGGAUGGCAGGAAGCAUUUGCAUACUGUGAAGCUACGGGCUGCAUUUCUCCUUUGGAAGGAGUCCUACAUCAGAUCCUCGAGGCAGAGGGGGCUGCUCCUUAUGGCAGUGCAGCACCACAGGAGGCGGCUGCUUAACAAGUGUGUGGCCGGGUGGAAGCAGUAUCAUCUUCGGUGCAUAAGAAAUAUGCUCCUGAGGAGACAAGGAGAUCAGCUGAUGGCCCAAAGGCUUUUUUCUACCUGCUUCUCACUGUGGAAGAUACAGUUGGCACACAGGCGGUGGGAACAGCAGGAGACAGUGCGAGCACUAUGGCACUGGUCCCUCUCACUGCAGGGGAAGGUAUUUGAUGCUUGGGUAGGAUUCAUCCUGGAACAGCGACGGAAAAAGGGCCGAAUAGAGAAAGCUGUGGAGGUUUACCGGGCCGAUGUGCUGCAGGAGGGGGUGACGCGCAUCCUGAGAUAUGCAGCUGGCAUGAAACAGUUCCGAGGGAAGCUGCAAGCCCAACACCAGCUGAAGACAGCUAGCCACCGCCACCAUCUGGUCUCUCGUUGUGCCAUGCUCUGGAAGCAGAAGGCUCUCUGCCAGAAACAAGAAGGCUCUCUGCCAGGGCCCCCGCUCAAGAAGCGAGUUUCUUUCAAGGUGCCAAUUCCAGAUGCAACCACCAGGGCUGAUGGAGGUAGUACGAAAGCAACGAGUCUGUGCUCUGGGCUAAGGCCUGCUCAAAGUGACGAUCUGCCCUUCUACUUGGCUGCUGGAGAUUCCAUCCUUACUGAGUUGCACUCAGCCCGGCAGGGAAGGCUACAGCCACGUAGGCCUGAUUUCUUGCUGCAGUCUCUGGAGAGAAUGGAAAUGCCAGGCCCCGACUGGAAUGGACUAGAAGCUCUAAGUGGGCCUUUGCAGCAAAAUGCUCUGAGCAAAAAGCCGUGUUCUCCAGCUGGUGCCUCUUUGCCAUCAACCCCAAAGGAGCAAAGCAGUGGCUUUGGUUCAUCCCACUUAGGCAUCUCCAGCCAUUCCUCUCCUCCCCUUCUCAAAUCUGCUCUUCAACCCUGCCAUCGGCCACACAGCACAGCCUGUCCAAAGCUGGAGUUGUUGCCUCCUUCCUCCUUCGUGCCACGACUGAGGACUGGAGAGAGAACGGGCGAGGAACAAUCUUUCAGCUUUCACUCUAAGUUCUAUAUCACAAGCCCUCCUCCAGUAGCAGCCACCCGAAAGGAGAAAGUGGCAACAGGCCAAAGACAGGACCUGCUCUUGCCAGAAGACUUUGUUAGGAGCAAGAGUCCUUCACACCUUUGCGGAAGGACAGGCCAACAAGAAAAUCAGAUGGACAGUUCCACACCGGAGGCAGAUGUUCAUAAGCAGCUGGAGGCUGAGCUCCGACACAUGAGGCAGAAAAUGCAACGUUAUCACAGCAAUCAGCAGGCACUAAAAUCAUGCCAGAGGCGGGAACGCAUUUUGCUCAAGUGGCUAGAAAUGACUAUGGGGACCGAGGAGCAAACAUCUGUGCAGCAAGUAAAAGGAGAGCUGGAUCAGCUGAAAGUGCAAAUCAAAUCCCUCGCAAGCAGACUUGGAGAAGAGCGAGAAGAGAUGCAGACCUACAGAACACGCAUCCAGGACAUUCAAGCUGCUCUUAAUAGCUGA